GACAAUGAAACAUUUCUCUCUGUUUUCUAGUUUUCUUCUGGCCAUUGCUUUGGCAGCAACAAGCCACACUGAUGCAUUUACAAGAAAUGAUUUUCCAAAGGAGUUUCUCUUUGGUGCUGCCACUUCUGCUUAUCAGUGGGAAGGAGCUGUUGAUGAAGACGGAAGAACUCCAAGCGUUUGGGAUACGACGGCUCACUGUAAUAAUGGAAGUGUUGGAGGAGAUAUAGCUUGUGAUGGGUAUCACAAGUACAAGGAAGAUGUUAAGUUGAUGGCAGAAAUGGGCUUAGAAGCAUUUAGAUUCUCUAUCUCCUGGUCAAGACUUUUACCAAAUGGAAGAGGAGCCAUUAACCCAAAAGGUCUAUUGUUUUACAAGAACCUCAUCAAAGAGCUACGAAGCCAUGGAAUCGAACCACAUGUCACGCUUUACCAUUACGAUCUUCCUCAGUCUCUUGAAGAUGAGUACGGAGGAUGGACCAACCGCAAAAUCAUAGAGGACUUCACUGCUUUUGCAGACAUUUGCUUCAGAGAGUUUGGGGAGGAUGUGAAGUUAUGGACGACAAUAAACGACGCUACGAUCUUCGCUAUUGGUUCUUAUGGCCAAGGAGUAAAUUUUGGACAUUGUACUACAACCAAUGGUUCUACUGGAAAUUUAUAUACGGAAACAUAUAUUGCAGGCCAUAACAUGUUGCUAGCUCAUGCCUCUGUUUCAAAUUUGUAUAAACUUAAGUACAAGAGUAAGCAAAGAGGAUCCAUAGGCUUGAGUAUAUUUGCAUUCGGGUUAUCACCUUAUACAAACUCCAAGGACGACGAAAUCGCAACUGAAAGAGCUAAAGCUUUCCUCUUUGGCUGGAUGUUGAAGCCAUUGGUAUUUGGGGACUAUCCAGAUGAAAUGAAGAUAACCUUGGGGUCGAGGUUACCGGUUUUCUCAGCCGAAGAGUCGGAACAAGUUAAAGGGUCGUCUGACUAUAUAGGAAUUAUUCACUACAUGACUCUCUAUGUCACAAACCAACCCUCUCCUCCUAUCUUUCCUCUCAACACUAACAAAGUGUUCUCUGCAGACGUUGGCGCUUAUAUGAUCCCCAUUGGAAAUUCUUCAUCCUUCACGUUUAAGUCAACUCCAUGGGGUCUUGAAGGUGUUCUUGAGUAUCUAAAACAGAGCUAUAACAAUCCUCCAAUCUACAUUCUUGAAAAUGGUAAACUCAUGAAACACGAUUCGAUGCUACAAGACACAUCAAGGCUUGAAUACAUACAAGCUUACAUUGGUGCUGUGCUCAAUGCCAUCAAGAGUGGUUCAGACACGAGAGGUUACUUCGUAUGGUCGAUGGUUGAUGUGUAUGAGAUAAUAAGUGAAUACGAGCUAAGCUAUGGAAUGUACUAUGUGAAUUUUAGUGAUCCUGGUCUCAAGAGGACUCCAAAGCUCUCUGCUUCUUGGUACACUGGUUUUCUCAAUGGUGCAAUUGAUGUUGCUUCUCAAGAUAUUAUUACUCAGUUGCAACAAAACAACUUCUCUGGCUCUUCUUCAGUGUAAUGUUACAAUAUUUAACGAUUCUUGUUCAUUUGGUUUGAUUUCUUUUAUUCAUAUGGAAAAAAAACUCAAGUGAAAUUUCAAAUGGUGUAUCUUGUGACUUGUGAGACCAAAAUGAGUCCCUCCCACGGUAUUGACCAGGGUUCGAUUCCCUGGAUGCUCAA